AUGGCAAAAAGAAUCUUGGAUAAUAAGGAUCCUAAGUUAGAAGCCAUGGCGGUGGACCAUGAAGUACCAGCACCGAAGGAAAUUACUGUGGAGGAGUCUAGAUUGACUAGAGUCGCCAGACCACUAAGGCACGUAAGGCAUAUUCCCGUCAAAUCACUGGUUUUCCAUUCCAAGGACGGUCCCAUUACUUUUUCAUAUGAAUAUAAAAUUAAAUUGCCCAUAAAUAAAAAUAAACUGGCAGUUCAAGUGAAUUAUGCGGGCUUAAAUCCUAUUGAUAUGAAAAUCAAGAAUGGCUAUACCAAGCCAAUAUAUGGUGAAGCCGGUAUUGGAAGAGAAUACAGUGGGACAAUAACACAUGUUGGUGAUAAUUUGACAAAUGGAUGGAAUAUUGGGGAUGAAGUGUAUGGCAUUUAUUAUCAUCCCAAAUUAGCCGUUGGGGCCCUGCAAAGCUCACUACUUAUUGAUCCCCGCGUAGAUCCCAUACUAAUGAGACCAAAACAUACUUUGUCACCGGAAAAGGCGGCAGGUUCCUUAUUUUGUCUAGGGACAGCUUUUAAUCUGCUAGCUAAGCUAGAGGAGAGGGGCCAUUUGGAUACAGAAUCCAAUGUUUUGAUAAACGGUGGGACGAGCUCAGUAGGGAUGUUUGUUAUUCAGUUGUUGAAGCGGUACUAUAAGGUUUCCAAAAAUUUACUCGUUGUGACAUCAGGUAAUGGUUCGACAGUAUUAUCUGAGGCCUUUCCGGAUAUAAAGGAUGAAAUUAUAUUCAUAAACUAUUUAUCUUGCAGGGGAAAAUCUAGCAAACCACUCAGGAAUAUGUUGCACUCUGGAAAACUUGUGGAUUAUGAUGAUUUUAAUACUCUCAAAGAAACUGAAGACUAUACGCAGGGUAAAGUUGACAUUGUAUUGGAUUUCGUAGGUGGUUACGAUAUUUUGAGCCAUUCAGGCUCUUUGAUUCACUCUAAGGGCGCUUACGUCACUACCGUUGGCGACUAUGUUGGAAAUUACAAGAAAGACGUCUUUGAUUCUUGGGACAAUCCAAGUGCCAAUGCAAGGAAGAUGUUUGGCUCGAUGUUGUGGUCAUAUGAUUAUGUUCAUUUUCAUUUCGACCCUAACAUCAAGCUUAUUCCCAAGAAAAAUGACUGGAUACACGAAUGCGGUGAACUGCUGAAUGAAGGUGUUGUAGACUGCAUUGUAGAUAAGGUUUAUUCUUGGAAGAACCUUAAGGAAGCAUUUUCUUAUAUGGCUACGCAACGUGCUCAAGGCAAGAUAAUAGUGAAAGUCGAGGGAUUUUGA